UAGACUGUGCGCUAGGGUUCCCGGUGUCCAGUCUCUGGAAAGGUGGGUCACCUGCAAGCAGGCGGGCGCUGGCUUCUGAGCUGCCUCAGAACGUGGUGUCGCAGGUGGCUACUGGAGCUGACAUCCAACACUGCGGUGGAGCUGCGUGUCCCCUUGCCGCAGCCUCACGAGGCCGAGCUGUCUGGGCCGUGGAGCCGCACUCCCUGUCCUUAACCACGCUGUGGCCUUGGCUCUGCUUCGCUCAGAGGUACUGGAUCAGGUCCGUGUCUGCCAGAUGCCAGGGAUGCCAGGGAGUCGGUGCGAGCUACCCGCAAGAUAGCGUAAACUUUCCCUGGGGAUUCCUCUACCAGCCCGUUAGAUCGCGUUGUGAAUUUCGCCAGACACCAAAAUAAAAUACUCCCUCCAGUGCCCUUCUGAGAUAUUAUGACUUUUCUCCUUAAAAACUGACGAAAAGACCAGGAACUAUUUUGUUUUUAGAGUCUGGGAUAAAGACUAGCAAACGAGAAAGCUAUGUCUUUGCCGUUUUCUCUAACACUUCUAGAGGAGCUUCGUUCCUAACAUUUUUCUAGCCAUCAGAUUUCUCCAGAGCAAUGACCCAGAAGACGUAAUCAGUUUUCGAUUUGAGUGACAUUGUUCCCAGAGCCCCCAAAAUGGCAGCUAAAAUGGAGAUAACUUUGAGUGCCCACUCUGAGGAUUCUGACAAGCAAGAGAGACACAUAAUAAUGAAGCUGGAAGAAAAACGUGGCCCCCCUCAGCAAAAAACCAACCCGGAUCCGGAGCUGUGCCGCCAGAGCUUCAGACACUUUUGUUAUCAAGAAGUGUCUGGGCCCCAGGAAGCGCUCUCCUGCCUUCAGCAGCUCUGCAGACAGUGGCUGCAGCCUGAACUACACACUAAAGAGCAGAUUUUGGAGCUCCUAGUGAUGGAGCAGUUUUUGGUCAUCCUACCUCCAGAGAUCCAGGCACAGGUCUGGCAUCGGUAUCCAAAGAGCAGCAGGGAGAUUGUGACUCUGGUGGAAGAUUUACACAGAGCAUCCAAAAAACCAAAGCAGUGGGUGACUGUCUGCAUGCAAGGGCAAAAGGUGCUUCUGGAGACAACAGGAGCUCAGCUUGUAGAACAAGAACUUCUAGACGCUCAACCCCAAACUCCUAGCAGAGAUGUUCAGGAGAACUCUCUGGAAGAGCCCUCCUGGCAAGAAUCUCAUGAGCAGCUGAGUCCCCACCAUUGGGAGAAGUCUCUCCUCCAGAAGCCAGUCCUCAGAUUGACUGAGACAGAGUCCUCCAGAAUGCGUGCCCACAAGGAAACUCCGCAGCAGGAGGGGACAAGAGGAGCAAAAGCAUGCACGGUCUUACGUGGAAGACCUAAAGGGGGUACCCUGCACAGAGGGGUGCACCCUGACCCACGAGGGGUGACCGCAAGUGACGCCAGAUUGCUGCAGUGGCCGGUCACACCCACACAGUCUCCGAAGUCUCUUGCCCACUACCAGAGACAUUGCAGAGAGCUGGAAUACAUCAGCAACCCCCUCAGAGGCCACCCGCUGAGAGAGCUAAAGAGAAGCAGAGGGGGCCGAAGCAGCCUGAGCAGCCUUCUGCAGCGGCUCGGCCACCAGGCGGCCCACGCAGCCCAGAAACCCUACAGCUGUGAUGACUGCGGGAAAAGCUUCACGUGGAAUUCCGAGCUGAAGCGACACAGGAGAGUGCACACCGGGGAGAGGCCCUACAUCUGUGGGGAGUGCGGAAACUGCUUUGGGAGGCAGUCAACCCUGAAACUGCACCAGAGAAUCCACACUGGGGAGAAACCAUACCAGUGCAGCCACUGUGGCAAAUGCUUUCGCCAAAGCUCAAACCUCCACCAGCACCACAGGCUCCACCACGGGAACUGAGGCGAUGCUGUGUGCUGUAGAGUCCUAGGGAGAGGCUUCUGGUCUCUCCCUUCUCUUACUUGCUUGUAAAUCACAGAGUAUCUUUGUGACUUACAAACAGAGCAAGUGGGCUUUAGGGGAGUGAGGGGUGAAUAAUCAACUGGAAUUCAGAGCUGGGGGAGGGGGGCUGAGUGUGAGGAUGGCCCUCCAGGUGUUGGGGCGCAGAGGGCUCCGCAGAGGGGGAACUAGUGACUGAGCAAUGGUCACAAUGAGCUGCAAGUGACUUUAAUUAAUUAAUCCUUAAUUAAAUCUCCUUGUUGCUUUUAUCUUCUAAAAUACAGUUGUUUUCAUGUGUGCACUUGAGCAGUUCCCGAGAAUGCCAAGAAAGUGUUCACCAGAGAGUCUUUCUGCAACUAACUUUUUUGGUGGUAGUGGUUUUUAAUUAUUUAUUUUUGAGACCCAUCUCUCUACAUAGCCCUGGCAGUGCACACACUGCUGGAACUCACUAUGUACACCAGGCUGGCCUGGAAUUCAGAGACCCCCCCUGCCUCUGCCUCCCAAGUGCUGCUAAAAAGGUGUGUGACCCCACACCCUGCUAUAACUUAACAAAGACACAUUGAGAAUAUAUAUGUAUUUAUGUGAUUAGCACUUUCUAAGUGAGUAGAUGGUACUUCUAUUUAAAUUAUAUUUGAGGUAACUUUUUAUGUCAAAGCACUUUUGGUUUACAAAAGGUGUUCCAAUCCUAGCCCGUGAUAUAAGGGAAAUCUACCGGAGAAGUGAGCACUGCCCUGGUGGACAGGGGAGUUCUACCUUUCUUAAGCCAUUAGCUUUAAAACUGUGACUAGCGUGUUCACAAUGUUUACAACUAGAUUAUGGGGAUGGUUACACAAUUAAGUGACUCCAGGAAAAUUAUUAAAAUAGAUUAAUUUGUGAUGGGUAAAUUGUACCUCCAUAGCCUUUUUUAAAUGACAGAAUAAUAUUAUUUAUAUAAAACAUUAGAGUUCCAGAACUGGGUCUAGGACACCUUCCCAUGCCAAACUCUUGUUUUCUGAAAGCAGAAAGUAGAGCUCACUCAGCAGUCACCCUGGAGUAAGUGUCAUCCUCUUCCUCCAUUCAGCAGAUAUGUUAACAGGAUGUGGUGACCAUUCUUCUGAAGGCAUCGAUAUUAAGUCACUGCCUUGAUCUUCCAUAUUCAGUCUGCCUUACCUCUUCCCCAGCCCACAUACCAUUACUGGCCAUAGCCUUUAUAGUUUGUGUACACACACACACACACACACACACACAUUUUAGGCCACUUCCACUGCUGUAGUAACUUCUUCAUCAUGUCUGAAUUUGUUUUCUACUGGUGCUAUGACAAUUGAGUGCAAACUUGGUGGCUUAACAGAAAACUUCUCUUAUACUGCUGGAAGUUAAAGGUCUGAAAUCAGCUUCAGCCAAAAACUCCUUGAGCAGGGUUUUCCCUUUGGAGACUCUGAGAAGUAAAUUGGUUUCCUUGACUUUUUCAGCUUCUAGCAGCCCCCCUGCAUUCUUGGAUUCUUAUAUCGGGUAUAGCAGGAUAAUCUCCACAUCUCAAGAUCGUCGGUAAUACUCACAAAAGUUCCUUUUGCCAUUUAUAAGGGAACAUCUGCUGGUUCCGAGGAUGAGGAUUUGAAGGUACGUGGAGGUCCAUCAUUUGCUCUUGGGUCAACUUGGUCACUAAAAGGGGAUCUCCAAAAAGAGACGGAACAUAGGAUUGUUUGUAAGGGUUGGCAUAGGGGCACAUGCUGAGUUUGCUACCUGGAAUCUUUCACAGUGUGCUUCCUUUCUUCAGAUGACACAUCAGUAAUCAUUUAGCAUCUUUGGGCACCUGUUCAAACCUUUAUGUGACAAACUCCCAAUUAACAUUUUUCUUUUCCAAGGUGUCAAGGCCAUGCUGUUGCCUUGCCCACCUGUCCCCAGCCUAGUUUUCCUUUGCAUGAAGCUCACCUCCUGACAACAGAUUGCAUGAGGGGCCCACUGGCAGUGAGGGUCCGAUGGCACAGAAGGCUCUUGGAUAUUGCAUUCAGAUGUAGGGGUUCCCUUCACCCAUCUCCUUCGCCCAUUCCUGCUUCACCAGAGCCUACGCACAGACUCUUGACCUACCUACUUUCCCUGAGGCCAACUUCCCUUUGCUGGACCCCAACAUAAGAAAAUGGCCUGUCUCCUUUCCCAUGCAGUUCUGGCUCCCACCCGUCCCAUUGGUUCUGCUCUAUUUCCAGGUCCUGCCUAACAAGUACUGGUGUCAACUUUAGGGUGACUCCUACUUUUAAUGUCUAAUCCCUAAGUUAGCCCCAGGGAGACCCAAGGAGAAGGGAAACAUUAAUAGGCAGUAGAGGUCUAGACACCAAAUUAACAUUUUUUCAUAUCCAGCAGGUAAGUGUAAACCAAUCCCACAAUACAUCUGCCACUCCCAGUAAAAUUGGCAGUGACUCCUCACAGUGCAAGAGACUGUUAAGUUUCCCCUCAAACUAUUCCCCAAACUAAAAUUUCCUUUAUUGAUUCAUUGAAGUAUUACACGUACCAGAAAACUUGUGCAUUUAUAUACUGUACGGUUUAGUGGUUACAAUACAGCAUUUAGAGCUGUGCCUCUGUCACCACAGUAUUGUUUUGGGAUAUUGUCAACGUCACAGAGAAGUGAAGCUUAAGCAUUAGAAGUCAUUGCCUGCUCCUGUCACAGCUUAUGCCUCUGGAGUAUACUAUCUUCUGUGCACACCGUGUCACUGUCAGUGCUUGUAUGAAGGGGCCCUCAGUCCAUAUACUGGUUGAUGGAAUUGUGUAAUUGCACCAUGAUUAUUGUGAAUAGAGUAAUGCUGCUAUAAAUAUUAUAUUCAAGUUUUUAUGUUUCGUUCCUCAUGGGUGCAUGCCUAAAGGUGGAGCAAAGGUCACUGCUAGCUAGGUCAUACGAUAAUUUUGUUUAACUUUUCUAAGAAACAUCAAACUGUUUUCCAAAGUGGCUACACUACACUUUACAUUUUGGCCAGCAGUGUAGGAGGGUUCCAGUUUCUCCACACCUUCCACAUAGUUUAUUACUGUCUUGUUACAGAUGUUGGCUUUUUGAGGCAGGCUCUCGUGGCUGACAUAGAACUCACAAUCCUAGCUGAUCUAGCUCCUCCUGCCUCCACCUCUCAAGUAUCAAGAUUACAGGCAUGGGUCACCAUGUCCAGGUUUCGUGGAAUCUGUCUUUGUAAUUAUUGCUAUCCCACUCAGAGUAAAGUGGUCUCUCAUGAUCUUGAUUUUCUUUUCCCUGAUGACUAAUGGUGUAUUUGGUUUUUGUCUUUAUAUUUGCUUUGAAGAAAUGGCUAUUUCAAACUCCCCUCCCCUUUGGUAUUUUGAGGCAGGAUCUUGCUGUAUAGCCUAGAACUCACUACAUAGAUCAGGCUAGCCAUGAAUUUGUAAUACUGUUCCUGCCUCUGCUUGCCAAAUUCUUUGAUCUUUGUUGUUUUCGAGCAAGAGUCUUGUUCUGUAGCUUAGGCUGGCCAGGCCUGCAGCAAUCUUCCUGCCUCAGCUUUGAGACCUGGGCUUACAGACGUGAGCUACCAUAACUAUCUUUAAGGCCCUUUUAAACGAACUAUCGCAGAGCGGUGGUGGCGCACGCCUGUAAUCCCAGCACUCUGGGAGGCAGAGGCAGGCAGAUUUUGAGUUCGAGGCCAGCCUGGUCUACAGAGUGAGUUCCAGGACAGCCAGGGCUAUACAGAGAAACCCUGUCUCAAAAAAUACAAAUCCAAAAAAUCAAAACAAACAAACAAGCAAACCGGACUAUCAUUUUUAUUGCUAUGUUGUAAGGAUUCUUUAAAUAUUCUGGGAUGGAGUCCUUGAAAACAGUUUCUCCCAUUCUUUGAAAUACAUUCUUGUGUAAUUGUUUUUGUUCUUGCAGUGGGGGUUGAUACAAUCUCCUAACUCAGGCUAGCCUCAAACUUGCAACCCUCCUGUCCUAACUAGAGGAAUGCUGGGAUAACUGAGUACACCCAUGUCCAGUAGUACACCCCUGCAAUGGAAACAGAUGUCUCUCGUCAAAAUACAAGGGACCAAAUUCUGUUUCCAAAUUGACAGUAUAAAGCAGCCUGACAUCCCUGUGAAUUGAUGAAAUUAAGGAUCCUUGGAGCACAGUUUCUAUCAGCUCCUGCAAGCCUGUUGGGUCACAUCACCCACAGAUUUCCCUAUGUCAGUCUUUCCUGGCUCGUGGUUCCUAAGAGAAAUUUAAAUAUCUAUUAAAAUCGUUCUCUGUUUCGUCUUUGGAAUAAACA